AUCAAGUGGUGAGUGAGGGUGGAAGGGUGGUUUAACAUGCUCAAAACCACCAAAACACACUUGCACACACACAUCAAUUACACUCUCUUUUCCCUAAUAAUACUCUUACAUCCCACAUUUUCUGCAGUGUCUUUCACUUGAGAGUUUGUGUCACAUCUAAGCUUUGUGGCCCCUCUUCUAGAAGGUCCCAUCGUCCUCCGAGAAACCAUUCAAAAAACACCCAUCAGCCAAUCAGAUGGGUGUGAAACACACUGGGAAAGAAAAGAGAACUUCACUGCAUGCAAGUGAGAGAGAGAGUCAUGUGACUUGAGGUCCACCAAUCAGAUCAUGGGAUUGCCAUGCAGCAGCCCUACCGCGGGAGCUGUGACCUCGGAUACCUCAGACAUGCGACUGACAGGCCGUUCCCACGGAGAUCACCAACGCGAGAGCGUCAGACACCUGAACUUUCAACUACCUGACUAAAACCACGUAGAAAGUAAAACCACCACUACUAGAGAGACAGACAGACAGACAGACAGACAGACAAAAGUGUCCAUCGUCAAAGGCUGAAGUCGGUGAGGCGGUGGAGAGGCCAGUUCUUUUCCCUCCCGAGCUGGACACAUGGCUUCAAACAGCAUCUUCGACACAUUCUCCAGCUACUCGCCCAGUUUACUGCGAGACCCGAGCACGAGCAGACGGUUCACGCCGCCCUCCGCCUCGUUCCCGUGCGCUAAAGUGACCGAGAGCCCGAGCAUGAGCGCACCGGGUCCGCUGCGGGCCGGCCGGCCGCUGGAGAGCCGCUCCGUGGUGGACGUGCUGGCGGAUCACGCCGGAGAGCUGGUGCGCACCGACAGCCCCAACUUUCUCUGCUCGGUGCUGCCGUCACACUGGAGGUGCAACAAAACCCUGCCGGUGGCUUUUAAGGUGGUGGCUCUGGGUGACGUUCCUGACGGGACUCUGGUCACGGUGAUGGCAGGGAAUGAUGAGAAUUAUUCCGCGGAGCUGAGAAACGCGUCUGCCGUCAUGAAGAACCAGGUGGCGCGAUUCAACGACCUGCGCUUUGUGGGCAGGAGCGGCAGAGGAAAGAGCUUCACUUUGACCAUCACUGUGUUCACUGGACCACCCCAGGUCGCCACAUACCACCGCGCUAUUAAAGUCACCGUGGACGGACCUCGAGAACCAAGACGCGUUCGAUUUCAGCACAUUCCAGCUGCAUACAGCCAGCAGACAGCAGGACACCUCCAUCAGAUGCAUGCUUUCUCAGAGACACAAGGUCACCGCAUGAAGCCAGACGACCCUCAUAAGCAGUUCUCCGAUCGCCUGAGUGACAUCGAGCGUUUCCAGAGGGCCAGUCUGAGGAUGAACCCUGGCAACGGGACCACCCGCUCCCACCAGACCCAUUACAACCCCUCCAACACCACACCGAUACCAGCAUUAUGGCCAGAUCAGAUGGACCCUCCUGCACUGAAGACUUGCAAAGUGGAAGACGACUUACGCUGGUCAAGUACGGAUCUGUUCCCUCAGAGGACGUCCUUCCCGUCUCUGUCUCCAUUGACGGCUCCUCGAUUCUCAGAUUCACACAUGCAUUAUCCGGGUCCCUUCACUUACUCUGCCAACCCGUCCAGCACUGGAAUUGGCGGUCUCAGCGUGGCCGGGAUGCCCACCUCCAGCCGCUACCACACCUACCUGCCACCUCCAUACCCCGGCAACCAGAACCAGAACUCCCACUUCCAGACCAACUCCUCACCGUACCACCUGUACUACGGCACCGGAUCUGGCUCCUACCAGUUCUCCAUGGUUCCGACUGGCGGCACCGGAUCGGGAGGCGACAGGUCGCCCACCCGCAUGCUGACAUCCUGCACUGCAGCGGGCGGAGCCGGAGGCACUGGGGGCGGAAGCAACAGCCUGCUCAACGCCAGCCUCGGCAACCAGAGCGACGGCGUGGAUGCUGACGGCAGCCAUAGCAACUCCCCCACAGCAAUGAGUGCGUCCACACGCAUAGAUGAGUCCGUCUGGAGGCCUUACUAAGAAAGACUGAGAGAAGAAGUCGAAGUUUAGAGUAGAGCUGAAAAGUCUUGCAUGUUUGAUCGUUUUGUUUCUUCAUCCUUCUAUGACAUGUCAAUUGCUUCUAAGACCACCAAAGUGAACUGAUGACCAGAAAUGAGUCUGGACGCUCCAUACAGGACAGAGAUGGACCUCCGCUGAUCAAAACUAAAGGAGGACAGAAGUCUCACAGGAAAAUGAGGUGUAUAUAGAAAGAUUAUAAUUAAGAAAAGGCAUCCUAUAGUAAUAUAUCAGCAACUUUUCUUACUAAAAAAGCUGAAAAACCAAAG